AUGUUAUAUAACAAAGAACAGAAAUUUAACAGUAUUGAUAGCUCUAAUCGCAGAACAAAGUUUCACUUUGAUCGUUUUGUACAAAUGGUUCUGUUCAUUGCUGCCAACCCUGAUUGUUACUAUUCAGUUGGUAGCGCCCCGGUCACCGCCGUCAAUCCAUAUUUGAAAAGAGCAGAUAUACUCGAACAAAAAAUCAAAAGUUUAAACACUGCACUGGGUUCAAAAUUGUACGGAGAAAAUUGCGUUGGUGGGUCUCUAAGUAAUACAACCAUACUUGCGCCUUUGUCCUUGCCAUCACUGCCACUAUCAUCCAAUGGAAAGAAAUAUUCAGCAGUUCAUAGACCGAAAAGCAGAAAGAAGCAAACUAUACUCCCUAACGGAAAACCAAAAGAGUGCGCCACAUGUGGUGACACUUGGACUUCCCAGUGGCGGAGUGGACCCAAUGGGAACGUGGAGCUGUGUAGCCGAUGUGGUAUAGCUUAUAGAAAGAAAAUGGAAAAGAAGAUACGGCCAGGAUAA